CCGUCAACAACAACCAACGCCCAACGCCAACCACGAAUUCGACUUCGAGAUGGCGAUCAAGCACAACCAGCAGAUCCCGCACAACCAUUUCCGCAAGGAUUGGCAGCGACGAGUCCGAGUUCACUUCGACCAGCCCGGUCGCAAGCUCAGACGCCGCAAUGCUCGUCUCUCAAAGGCCGCAGCUGUUGCCCCUCGCCCAGUUGACAAGUUGAGACCGAUCGUUCGAUGCCCAACCCUCAAGUACAACCGCCGUGUACGAGCUGGACGUGGUUUCACCAUCACCGAGUUGAAGGUAGGAUAUUCUGCGACAGGAACGGGCUGGGAAUGGAGUCUAACAAUCGCACAGGAAGCUGGUAUCCCCCGCAAGCUCGCACCCACAAUCGGUAUCUCUGUUGACCCCCGCCGCCAAAACCUCUCCACCGAAUCCCUCGCCGUCAAUGUCGAACGCCUAAAGGCCUACCAGGCCCGUUUGAUCCUCUUCCCCCGCAAGUUGGGUCAACACAAGAAGGGUGAUGCUUCCAAGGAGGAUGUCUCCGCCGCCAAGAACACAAUUUCCAGCUUCAAGCUUGGUCUGCCAAUUGUUAACGCCGCUGCUGGUGUUUCUGAGAUCAAGAAGAGCGAGCUGCCAACGCCAGUCGAGGGAGGUGCAUACAGAAAGUUGAGAGAUGCAAGAAGCGAGCACAGAAACCAGGGCAAGCGUGAUAAGCGUGCGAAGGAGAAGGCUGAUGAGGCCGCUGCUGCUAAGAAGUAAUGGGUUUCUUCUCGGUUUGCUAGAUGGUCUUGGUCUUUUCUUACUGGAUGCGAUGCAUGGCUGGGUGGGGUCACAACGGCAGUUAUUUGAAAAUUGCUUAGGUGUAUUUCAUGAAAUGCAAUGGACGCACCAAAAAGGUGUUAUUCAACA